ACACCACUCCCGUGUCCUUCCCCCGUUGCAAGCCAGCGGUUCCCUUUUAGGGUUUUGGCCAUAGUUUCGCCGCCUCCCCACGACGAAUGGCGCUGUCGUCUUCUUCGUUUGCGCUACGCCGCCUCCUCAGGGUUUCUUCUUCUGCCUCCCUGCCCCAGUGGACCUGGUCACCCCUUUCAGCCUACCGCCAGAACUCUUCCUCCUCCUCCUCCUCCUCCUCCCCCUCUCCAUCCAUCUUUCCCUUCGACGACGACGCCGCCGCCUCCAACCUUCCUCCCCUUACGACGCCCAAGUUAUUCGUUAGCGGGCUUUCAAGGUUAACCACUGAUGAUAAGCUUAAAGAGGCAUUCUCUCCAUACGGGCAACUUCUUGAAGCAAAAGUCAUAGCCGAUAGAAUCUCAGGAAGGUCGAAGGGGUUUGGCUUUGUUAGGUAUGCAACGAUUGAAGAGGCUGACAAGGCAAGGCAUGGGAUGAACGCCAAGUUUCUGGAUGGAUGGGUUAUUUUUGUCGAUCCAGCGAAGCCAAGAGAGCCCAGACCACAGAAGCCAGCAGAACCAGAGCCUUCCGAAGCUGGUUUAAGGAUAAACAAAACGGUUGGAUGGUGUGGGUGAUUGCAUCUGCGGUGACACGGCAAUCCUCUUCUCGAGUGAUAGAGAUAAUUUGAAGGAAUUAUGGAGCUAUUACUGUGAUGAACUUGGCAUUCUCAUUACCUUUAGCAGAACUCAAUGGUGGGACAAGUAACAUGCAAUAGAAUACCAACUGUUGAAACAUUAAGAUUUAUGAUGGUGUCUGCCUGAGAACUUAUGUAGACAUCGUUCAUUCAGAUUGUUGCAUGCAGCUUCAUGAAAGUUACCUUAUAUAACCAUUAUUUAUACA